AUUCGCCAUUAAUAAUUCCAUACAAACCUUAAUUUUCGCUUUCCAACAAAACCCAAUUUUUCAAAAACAUGUUUUCUGGGUACUAAUUUCGCAACAUUUCCUUUAUAUAUCAAAAUAUAUACAUAUACUAUUUAGAUUCAUUUUCUUGAUGUUUAUUUACAAAAAAUUACCAAUAAAGCUUACAAAUUUCUUACACCCCACAAACUAUAAUUCAUUUUCCCAUUUAUAUUUCAUCAAAUUCCGCUUAAAAAUCUAAUCUUUUUUUUUUCUUCUCAAAUGGGUAUGAUUGACGAUUUACCUGUUCAUUUGAUUCUUGAAAUCUUGAUAUCUGGUGGUGUUUUGGGUGGUGUGGAUCUUGUUUGUUUGGAGCUGAGUAAUAAGUUUUUUAGAGGCAAUGGUUUGACCUUUCAAAAGUCAAGGUCUUUGGUUGACUUUGCUGCUUUUCAACUCUGUGUGUCACAUCCUGUUUAUGUUGGUUUGAGUCAUAGAGCUCAAGAUGAGGUUUUGGUUAGAUGUGGUGGGAAUUGGAAGAGGCUUUUGAGGUUUUUGCAGUCAGUUGAUCAGUCUUCUGAUGUUGUUCAGACCACUUCUGGCAAUAUGCAAAUUAGGAGUGGAAGGUAUCACACAUUGCUGAUUAAAGAUUCAACGGUUUACUCAUGUGGUUCAAGUUUGUGUGGUGUUCUUGGUCAUGGUCCUGAAACAACACAAUGCGUAGCAUUUACACCGAUUAAGUUUCCGUGUCCUGCCCAAGUGACACACGUUUCUGCUUCUCAUAACCAUGCUGCAUUUGUCACGCUGUCUGGUGAUGUUUUCACAUGUGGUGACAAUUCGUCGUUCUGUUGUGGACAUAGUGAUACAAGCCGUCCAAUCUUCAAGCCUCGGCUUGUUGAAGCUUUAAAGGAAGUGCCUUGCAAGCAGGUUGCUACUGGGGUUAGCUUUACUAUGUUUCUAACAAAAGAAGGUCAAGCAUACACAUGUGGAAUUAACACACACGGUCAACUUGGCCAUGGUGACACUUUGGACAGGCCAACACCUAAACUUGUGGAAUCCCUGGUCACCGUUGGUCCUGUUGUACAUAUAACUGCUGGUCCAAGUUAUGCACUUGCUGUCACUAGUGAUGGAACCGUUUAUUCAUUUGGGUCGGGAACCAAUUUCUGUCUUGGCCAUGGUGAGCAGCACAGUGAGAGUACCCCUCGGCCACUGCAGUGGUUCAGGAGAAAAGGGAUCCAUGUGGUUCGUGUCUCUGCUGGCGAUGAACAUGUGGUUGCACUCGAUUCUAAUGGAUACGUUUACACAUGGGGAAAAGGCUACUGUGGUGCACUUGGCCAUGGUGAUGAGAUUGAUAAAACGACCCCUGAGCACCUUAUUACUCUGAAGAAUCACCUUGCCGUUCAGGUGUGUGCAAGCAAGAGGAAGACAUUUGUGUUGUUAGAAAACGGAAGUCUAUAUGGAUUUGGAUGGAUGGGGUUUGGGAGUUUGGGCUUUCCGGAUAGAGGUGUAUCUGACAAAGUGUUGAAGCCUAGCAAGCUUUAUAGUUUAAAGGAUCGUCAUAUUUCUCAAGUAAGCACAGGUUUGUAUCACUCAGUGGUACUCACAAACCAAGGUCGUAUAUUUGGAUUUGGGGACAAUGAACGGGCACAACUUGGGCAUGAUAAGCUGAGAGAUUGUCUCAAUCCGACUGAAAUCUUGUUUGAAGAAACAAAAGAUAUUGAUGCAUAGUGUAUGAAAAAUAGAUCAUUGGUUUUCUGUUUAUGUUAAUUUUACUGUAAUAAUUAAGAUAGUUUAUAUGUACCAAAUUUGAGCUAUUAUAAUUGUUAUAAAAGUGUCAAAAAAUGCAACUUUUUGUGA